AGCCUGUUCCUGACUGGCACUGGACACAAUUCAGCUUCUUCAUUAUGGUGGGCUCCAGUGGCAAUGAAUCCAGUGCCACCUAUUUCAUUCUGAUAGGCCUGCCAGGUUUGGAAGAGGCUCAGUUCUGGCUGGCCUUCCCACUGUGCUCUCUCUAUCUUAUUGCUGUGCUAGGUAACCUGAUGAUCAUCUACAUAGUGCGGACUGAGCAUAGCCUACAUGAGCCGAUGUAUAUUUUUCUCUGUAUGCUUUCUGGUCUUGACAUCCUCAUUUCCACCUCAUCCAUGCCCAAAAUGUUGGCCAUCUUCUGGUUCAAUUCUACAACCAUCCAGUUUGAUGCUUGUUUGAUACAGAUGUUUGCCAUCCACUCCUUAUCUGGGAUGGAGUCUACAGUGCUACUGGCUAUGGCCUUUGACCGCUAUGUGGCCAUCUGUCACCCACUACGCCAUGCUACUGUACUCACGUUGCCUCGUGUCGCCAAGAUUGGCAUGGCUGCCGUGAUUCGGGGUGCUGCACUAAUGGCACCUCUUCCUGUCUUCAUAAAACGACUACCUUUCUGCCAUUCCAAUAUUCUUUCCCACUCAUACUGUCUUCACCAAGAUGUCAUGAAGCUGGCCUGUGCUGACAUCCAUGUAAAUGUCAUCUAUGGCCUCAUCGUCAUCAUCUCCGCCAUUGGCCUGGAUUCGCUUCUCAUCUCCUUCUCUUAUUUACUUAUCCUUAAGACUGUGUUGGGGUUGACACGUGAAGCCCAGGCAAAGGCCUUUGGUACUUGUGUCUCUCAUGUGUGUGCUGUUUUCAUAUUCUAUGUACCUUUCAUUGGGUUAUCUAUGGUGCACCGCUUCAGUAAGCGGCGUGACUCUCUGCUGCCUGUCAUCAUGGCCAACAUCUAUCUGCUGGUUCCUCCUGUGCUCAACCCCAUCGUCUAUGGAGUGAAGACAAAAGAGAUUCGGCAGCGCAUCAUUCGUCUCUUCCAUGUGAUCACGCAUGCUUCAGAUACCUAGGUGUCAUGGAUCCAACUUUUCCUCCAUGCAGAGUCCUCCAAUUCAGAUGUCAAUAUUAGCAUUUUGGAAGACAGUGUUAAGGGUAUACAAUGCAGAUGCUUCAAAAAUGAAACUGGUCUAUGGGAGA